AUGGCUCCUCUAGUUUGGAUUCUGAUGCUGCUGGUGGGGGCUGCUUGGGGCCAGGACCAAGCACCUGCCCCCAACUCUUCAGACUGGAAACCGAUGGUGCGCACUUCGAGGGAGAGCUCCAUUCUCACGAAGUGUGACUUUGAAGAUAACACCAGACCUUUGUGUGACUGGUCUCAAAUGUCCGCGGAUGAUGGGGACUGGAUUCGAACGACUGGACCCUCCCCCACUGGCACUUCUGGCCCCCCCGGGGGCUACCCCAAUGGAGAAGGCUAUUACCUGCACAUGGAUGCUAGCACCUUCCCUCGGGGUGGAGUGGCACGCCUGCGCAGCCCGGACAUAUGGGAGCAAGGCCCGCUCUGCAUCCAUUUCGCCUUCCACAUGUUUGGGCUGUCAUGGGGUGCGCAGCUCAGACUGAUGCUGCUCAAGGGUUGGAGGUACCACCGGCCCAACGUGCUCUGGAAAUAUGUGAAUACCCAGAGUCCCUCCUGGAUGCCCACCAUGGUCACCGUGCCAGCGGAUCGUGAUAUACCGAGCUGGCUGAUGUUUGAAGGCAUGAGGGGCAACACUGCCUACCUGGACAUCUCUCUGGAUGGCCUCUCUAUCCGGAAGGGCACCUGCAAUCGGAUAUGCAUGUCCCAGAUGUGCAACUUUGAUGCUUUAAACAAUCUCUGUGGCUGGAGCUGGAUCCCAACUGCCACCGGUGCCAAGUGGACUCAGAAGAAGGGAUCAUCGGGGAUACUGGGUGUGGGACCUGACGACGACUUCUCUAGCCCUGGCAGUGGCUACUACAUGCUCCUGGACCCUACGAAUGCAAGACCAGGACAGAAAGCUGUACUUCUGAGUCCCCUGAGCCAUUCCAGUGGCUGCCUGACCCUGUCUUUCCAAUACAUAAUGCGCGGCCUGUCAGCUGGCGAAGGCCUUUUUGCCUAUGCUUCAUUUUUAGGCAACAUCCGGAAACACACUCUCUUCUCAGGACACCGUGCACUCAACUGGCAGUCUGUGUCUGUCAAUUAUACAGGACAGGGAAUGAUACAGUUCAUAGUGGUAGGUGUGUUUGGAGAGAAGCCAGAGCCAGCAAUAGCUGUGGACUCCAUCAGCAUUUCUCCCUGUGGGGAGGGCUUUCCCCAGUGCAACUUUGAAGAUAGAGUUCAUCCUUUCUGUGACUGGAACCACGUGGUAGGAGACGCUGGACACUGGAGCUGGGGGAGUAAAAGUUUUCCCACCCCCAUCUCAGGACCCGCAAGAGAGUUCCCAUAUGGAGGGGAACAUUAUAUUUACUUCGAUUCAGCCAUGGUACCCGAGGAGGGACAGUCUGCCAGAUUGGUGAGUCCACCCUUCUGUGCCCCUGGGGAUGUCUGUGUGGAGUUUGCUUACCACAUGUACGGCCUUGGAGAAGGUACCACGCUCAAGCUUCUGUUGGGGAGUCCUGCGGGCAGUUCUCCCAUUUCUCUGUGGAAACGUGUUGGGUCUCAGAGCACUGGCUGGGUGAACAGCUCUGUCACCAUCCUUAAGGGACAUCAGCAGCCCAUGGAGUUGCUUCUUGAGGCCACCCAGGGGACCAGCACUGCCUUUGUCAUCGCUGUGAAUUACAUCUUGAUCAGUCAUGGACCGUGUCGGGCUAAGAUAAAACUCGAGGGCCCAGCUUCUUCCCUGUUCCCUGAAACAACCACUGUCUCCACUGAAGGGACCAUGGCCUCCACAGAAAGAAUCAGUGUCCCUCCUGAGGGGACAAUUGCUCCCACAGCAGUGGCCACUGCUGCCACAGAAGUGGUCACUUUCACUUUAGAAGUGACCACUGUCACUGCAGAAGAGAGCACUGUCUCUCCUGAAGAGGACAGUGUCCCUCCUGAGGAGAUCAUCCCUACAGAAGUGACCACUGUCCCUCCUGAACAGACCAGCGUCCUUCCUGAGGAGACCACCCCCUCUCCAGAAGUGACCACUGUCACUACAGAAGCGACCACUGUCACUGCAGAAGUGACCACUGCCUCUCAUGAAGAGACCAGCGUCCCUCAUGAGGAGACCACCCCCUCUCCAGAAGUGACCACUGUCCCCACAGAAGUGACCACUGUCACUACAGAAGCGACCACUGUCACUGCAGAAGUGACCACUGCCUCUCAUGAAGAGACCAGCGUCCCUCAUGAGGAGACCACCCCCUCUCCAGAAGUGACCACUGUCUCCAUAGCGGUGGUCACUGCUGCCACAGAAGUGACCACUGUCACUACAGAAGCAAUCACUGUCACUGCAGAAGUGACCACUGUCUCUCAUGAAGAGACCAGCGUCCCUCCUGAGGAGACUGCCACCCCUCCUGAAGGGACUAUUGUCCCCAAUGAAGAGACGACUGUCUUUGCAGAGCAAUCUACUCCCAUUCAAAUGCCCACAACAGAGAGUUGCCCUCCAAAUGCCCACUUGGAAUUGUGUGCGUGCCUUGCAUCCUGUGAGAACCCCAAGCCCCACUGCCACGCCCCCUGUAGAACUGGCUGUGUCUGCAAUCCUGGAUUUUUGUUUAGGAACUAUCAAUGUAUUAAUGCUUCUUCCUGCAAUUGCUUCUAUAGCAACAAAUAUUAUAAGCCUGGGGAAGAAUGGUUUAGUCCCAAUUGCACAGAACGGUGCCGCUGCUUGCCCGGUAGCCGGAUGGAGUGUCAGAUCUCCCAGUGUGCGACAUACACGGUGUGCCUGCUGAAGAGUGGCAAAUAUGAAUGCCAGCCCUAUGGUAGUGCGACCUGCCUGGUCUAUGGGGACCUUCAUUUUGUCACCUUUGAUGAGAGGCACAUUAGCUUCACAGGAACGUGUACCUAUAUCUUGGCCCAGACCUGUGACAACUCCACAGAUUCAUUCUUUAAAAUAACAGCAAGCACCCAAGAACGGGGAGUAGAAGGCGUAUCCUCCCUGGACAAAGUCUUCAUCACCCUGCCGGAGACUACCAUUACCAUGACCAGUGGUAGACAAACACUAAUUGGAGACCAGAGAGUCACCCUCCCAGUGAUACCUUCUAAUAACAUCUAUGUGGGUCUGAGUGGGCGAUUUGUGGAGUUGAGGACGACAUUUGGUUUGCGUGUAAAAUGGGAUGGUGACCAGCAGCUUUUUAUGACUGUGCCCAGUACCUACUCGAGAAAACUCUGUGGUUUCUGUGGGAACUAUGACGGGGACAGCAGCAAUGAUAACCAGAAGCCGGACGGCACGAGGACACAAGAUGGGGACGAGCUGGGGAAGAGCUGGCAGUUGAAAGAGGAAGAGAACGAGGAUCUUGUUGACUGCUUGGGUUGGGUCUCUUCCAGGUGUCAGAACAAGAAGAGCCCCCCAUCUUGUGAUGCAGCCUUGGGAAGAACUAUGUCGGAGCCCAAGUUAUGUGGCCAGCUUGUUGAUCCAAGAGGAACCUUUGAGGCAUGCCUGUUCCACAUGAAGGCCUCAUUCUUCUUGGAUAAUUGUGUGUCGGACAUGUGUAGCUUCCAGGGGCUCCAGCAGAUGCUUUGUACUCAUAUGUCAGCCAUGACUGCUGUCUGCCAAGAUGCUGGCUAUGCCGUGAGGCCCUGGAGGAGACCCCAGUUCUGCCCCUUGGUCUGCCCUCAAAAUAGCAGGUACUCCCUAUGUGCCAAACCAUGCCCGGACACCUGCCAUCCUGGAUCUGCUCUCCAGCCCUGCCCAAAAAAGUGUGUGGAAGCAUGCGAGUGUGAGCCUGGCUUUGUGCUCAGUGGUUUUGAGUGUGUCCCUCGGAUCCAGUGUGGAUGCACCAGCCUCGAGGGACGCUACUUCAAGGUACAGGAGCAAUGGUUUAAUCCAGAUUGCAAAGAAAUCUGCACUUGUGAUGGCAACAACAGCGUUCGCUGCCGGCCCUGGAAGUGUAGGGCUCAGGAAGUCUGUAGCCAUAAGAAUGGUGUGUUAGGCUGUCACGCCCAAGGUGCAGCCACCUGCAUUGCCUCAGGUGACCCCCACUACCUGACAUUUGAUGGAGCUUUGCAUCAUUUUAUGGGAACCUGCACUUACGUACUGACUCAGCCUUGCUGGUCCAAUGCUCAUGACAACAACUUUGUAGUGAGUGUCACCAACGAGGUUCAUGACGGCAACUUGGAAGUCUCCAGUGUCAAAGCUGUCCAUGUGCAGGUCUCCGACCUCAAAGUCUCCCUGUUCAAAGGCCGAACAGUCAUGCUGAACAACCAACGGGUGGCACUCCCUGUGUGGCCUUUGAAAGGACGGGUGACCAUUAGGUUGAGCGGCAUCUUUGUCCUGCUCUACACGGACUUUGGGCUUCAGGUUCGAUAUGAUGGAAAGCACCUGGUGGAGGUGACAGUGCCUUCCUUAUACGCUGGCUUCCUCUGUGGGCUGUGUGGGAACUACAACAAUAACAGUUUGGAUGACAAUCUGCGUCCAGAUGGGAAGCCUGCAGGCAACUCACUUCUUCUGGGAGCUGCUUGGAAAAUACUUGAAGCUUCUGAGCCUGGCUGCUUUGUAGUCGGGGGCAAGUCCUCCAGCUGCCAAGAGAACAGCAUGGACGACGCCUGGACUAAAAAAUGCGCCAUCUUGAUGAACCCUAUUGGACCUUUCUCCAAUUGCCACGAAGCGGUGCCCCCGCAGGCCAGCUUCUCCAGUUGUGUGUACGGCCAGUGUGGGACCAAAGGAGACAUCCUGGCCCUGUGCCGCUCCCUGCAGGCCUAUGCAUCGCUGUGUGCCCAAGCUGGCCAAGUGAUUACGUGGCGCAACAACACCUUCUGCCCUCUGAGGUGCCCACCCAGGAGCAGCUAUAACCCCUGUGCCAACCCCUGCCCAGCCACCUGCCUCACCCUAAGCAGCCCAAGAGACUGUCCAACCCUGCCCUGUGUCGAGGGCUGUGAAUGCCAGACAGGCCACAUCCUGAGUGGAACUACCUGUGUGCCCCUCAGACAGUGUGGCUGCAGUGACCAGGACGGCUCCUACCACCUGCUGGGGGAGAGCUGGUACACAGAGAAGACCUGCACCACCGUCUGCACGUGCUCAGUCCACAGCAACGUCACCUGCAGCCAAACGGCCUGUGAGGCCAACCAUGUGUGCUUGCGCCAGAAUGGGCUGCUGCGCUGUGCUGCAGAGAUGGGAGAGUGUCAUAUUUCAGAGGAUUCCCAGAUCGUGAGCUUCGAUGGCCAUAGCCAUCCUAUCCAAGACAUGUGUACUUACAUCAUGGUCAAAGUCUGCCACCCCAGCAUGAACCUGCCUUUCUUCACCAUCAGUGCCAAGGUUGACCAGCAUACCCGCACCAAGACCUUCAGUGUCUAUCAGCUAUACAUUGACAUCUUCAGCUUCCGAGUCACUCUGCAAAAGCGCCAUUCAGUCCUGGUGAGCUAGAUCAAUGACAUGCUGGUCACCCUUCCUGCCACGACCCAGAUCCCAGGAGUCAGCAUCACGACUGAAGACGUCUAUACCAUUGUCACAAUUAAGGAUGAAGUUCAAGUCAAAUUUGAGAGCAACAAUUUCUUAGAUAUCAAAAUCCCUGCAUCCUCUACUGGAAAGGUCUGUGGUGUGUGUGGGAAUUUCAAUGGUGAGGAAGAGGAUGAACUCAUGACACCCAGGGAUGAACUAGCCCAGGAUGAGCAGGAGUUCAUGGAGAGCUGGAAAGAUACGCACGUCGACCCAGAUUGCCAGAAAAUCAAAGAGCAGAAUAUCCAAGUGGAGCAACAGGAGAUCAUGAACGGAAACUGCAGGCCCACUGACUUUGAGAAAGCCCAAGCAAACUGCCAGACUGCUCUCCAGGGUCCUACCUGGGCCCAGUGUGCUUCCCGGGUAUCCCUUAAGCCCUUCCUGCUGGGAUGUAUGAACAACUUCUGUGAAUUCAGAGAACUCUUCCAUGCCCUCUGUGAGGCUCUUCAGUCCUUCCAGGAUGCCUGCCAGAAACAGGGGCUCAAGCCACCUAUCUGGAGGAACAGCAGCUUCUGCCCUCUGGAAUGCCCUCCUCACAGCCACUACACAAACUGCCUUCCUUCCUGUCCACCUUCCUGCUUGGACCCCAACAGCCGCUGCGAGGGCUCUGGCCACAAAGUACCCUUCACCUGCAAGGAGGGCUGCAUCUGCCAACCGGGCUACGUGCUGAAUAAUGACAAGUGUGUGCUCAAGACUCACUGUGGCUGCAAAGACGCCCAGGGUGUCUUCGUCCCAGAAGGCAAGAACUGGAUCUCCAGUAGCUGUACCCAGAGCUGUGUCUGCAUUAGAGGGGCCAUUGAGUGCCAGAAUUUUCAGUGUCCCUCAGGGGCUCAAUGCCAGGACAAUGAAGAUGGCAGCAGCAAAUGCGUCAAAAUCACUCCGCAAUGCCCGGCCCACAGCCUCUACACCAACUGCCUUCCCCCGUGUCCUCCUUCCUGCUCCAACCUGGAUGGCCACUGCAGGGGCACAAACCCCAAAGUGCCUUUCACUUGCAAAGAAGGCUGCCUCUGCCACCCUGGCUUUGUGCUUGAUAAGAACAAGUGUGUACCCAGAACUCACUGUGGCUGCAAAGAUACCCAGGGUGCCUUCAUCCCAACAGGCAAGACUUGGAUGUCCACAGGCUGCACCCAGAGCUGUGCCUGCAUGAGAGGGGCCAUCAGGUGCAGGAAUUUCCAAUGUCCCUCGGGGACUCACUGCAAGGACAGCAAUGAUGGCAGCAGUGACUGUGUCAAAAUCACUCUGCAGUGCCCAGCCCACAGCCAGUACACCGACUGCCUUCCUUCCUGCCUGCCUUCCUGCCUGGACCCGGAAGGGCACUGUGAGAGUGCCAGGACCAGGGCCCCCUCCUCCUGCAAGGAGGGCUGUGUCUGCCAACCUGGCUUUGUGCUGCAUGACGACAAAUGUAUGCUCAAAAUCGAGUGUAGCUGCCAAGACACUCAGGGUGCCUUCAUCCCAGUAGGCAAGAGCUGGAUCUCCAGAGGCUGUUCCCGGAGUUGUAACUGCAUGGGAGGGGUCAUUCGAUGCCAGAAAUUCAAGUGUCCCUCAGGGACUUUCUGCCUGGACAACGAAGAUUAUACCAGUAACUGUGUCGAAACCACUAUGCAGUGCCCCGCGCACAGCCACUACACCAACUGCGUGCCAUCUUGUCUGGCUUCCUGCUCAGACCCAGAAGGCCAGUGUGAGGGGAUCAGCACCAAAGCCCCCUCCACCUGCAAGGAGGGCUGUGUCUGUGAACCUGGCUACGUGCUGCAUGACGGCAAGUGUGUGCUCAGAACUGAGUGUGGCUGCAAGGACGCCCAGGGUGCUCUCAUCCCGGUGAGUGGGCUUGGAGACUGGGAUGGUGUGGGCCUUCUGCCCUCACGUCAUUUUCUCCUCUGGCUUCUGCAGGCAGACAAGACCUGGAUCAACAGAGGCUGCACCCAGACCUGCGCCUGCGUGGGAGGGGCCAUCCACUGCAGGAAUUUCCAGUGUCCCUCGGGGACUUACUGCAAGGACAUCAAGGAUGGCAACAGUGAAUGCAUCAAAAUCACUCUGCAGUGCCCGGCCCACAGCCUAUUCACCCACUGCCUUCCCUCCUGUCUGCCUUCUUGCUCCAACCUGGAUGGCCACUGUGAGGGCGUCAGCACCAGGGUGCCUUCGACCUGCAAGGAGGGCUGCCUCUGUCAUCCAGGCUUUGUGUUUAAUGAGGACAGGUGUGUGCCCAGACUUCAGUGUGACUGCAAAGACGCCCAGGGUGCCUUCAUCCCGAGUGUGUGGGUAAUCCAUUCAGGCCGUAAACUUGUCUCUAGAACACACUGCCAAGUUCUCACUCCCUUUCUCUUCCUGUGGCUUCUGCAGGCAGGCAAGACCUGGAUCUCCAGGGGCUGCACCCAGAGCUGUGCCUGCAUGGAAGGGACCAUCCAGUGCCAGAAUUUUCAGUGUCCCCAAGGGAGCUAUUGCUUUGACAGCAAUUAUGGCAACAGUAGCUGCACCAAAAUCACUCUGCAGUGCCCAGCCCACACUGUCUACACUAACUGCCUUCCCUCCUGCCUGGCUUCCUGCUCGGACCCAGAUGGCCUCUGUAGGGGCAUCAGCCAUAAAGCCCCCUCCACCUGCAAGGAGGGCUGUGUCUGUGAACCUGGCUACGUGCUGCAUGACGACAAGUGUAUGCUCAGAAUUCACUGUGGCUGCAAAGACGCCCAGGGUGUUCUCAUCCCGUCAGGUAAGACCUGGAUCAACAGAGGCUGCACUCAGACCUGCACCUGCGCAGGAGGGGCCAUCCUGUGCAGGAACUUCCAGUGUCCCCCGGGGACUUACUGCAAGGACAUCGAGGAUGGCAACAGUAAAUGCAUCAAAAUCACUCUGCAGUGCCCAGAAUACAGCCUGUUCAUCAACUGCCUUCCCGCCUGCCAACCUUCCUGCACAGACCCUGAUGGCCGCUGUGUGGGAUCCAGCACAAAAGGUCCCUCCACCUGCAAGGAGGGCUGUGUCUGUGAAUCCGGCUACGUGCUGAAUGACGGCAAGUGUGUGCUCAGAAAUCACUGUGGCUGCAAGGACGCCCAGGGUGCUCUCAUCCCGGCAGACAAGACCUGGAUCAACAGAGGCUGCACCCAGAGCUGUACCUGCGUGGGAGGGGUCAUCCUGUGCAGGAAUUUCCAGUGUCCCUCGGGAACUUACUGCAAAGACAUCGCGGAUGGCAACAGCAACUGUACCAAAAUCACUCUGCAGUGUCCAGACAACAGCCACUAUACCGACUGCCUUCCCUCCUGCCCACCCUCUUGCUUGGACCUGGAGGGCCACUGCGAAGGCACCAGUCCCAAAGUCCCCUCAACUUGCAAGGAAGGCUGCCUCUGCAACUCUGGCUUUGUGCUCAAUAAGGACAAAUGUAUACCCAGAAUUCAGUGUGACUGCAAAGACGCCCAGGGCGCUCUUAUCCCGGCAGGCAAGACCUGGACUCCUAGAGGCUGCACCAAGAGCUGUGCCUGCACAGGAGGGACUGUCCAAUGCCAGAAUUUCCAGUGUCCUUCAGAGACUUACUGCAAGGACAACGAUGAUGGCAACAGCAACUGUGUGAAAAUCACUCUGCAGUGCCCGGCCCACAGCCACUUCACGGACUGCCUUCCCUCCUGUCAACCUUCCUGCUUUGACCCUGAUGGCCGCUGUGAGGGAACCAGCCCUAAAGUCCCUUCCUGCAAGGAAGGCUGCCUCUGUGAACCUGGCUAUGUGUUGGGUAAUGACAAGUGUGUGCUCAGAACUGAGUGUGACUGCAAGGACGCCCAGGGUGCUCUCAUCCCGGCAGGCAAGACCUGGAUCUCUGCAGGCUGUACCCAAAGCUGCACCUGUGUGGAAGGCGCCAUCCAGUGCAGGAAUUUCCAGUGUCCCCAAGGGACUCACUGCAAGGACAACAAUGAUGGCAGCAGUAACUGUGCUCAAAUACCUCUACAAUGCCCCGCCCACAGUCAUUUCACCAGCUGCCUUCCCUCCUGUCCACCUUCCUGUUCAAUUAUGGAUGGCCACUGUGAGGAAUCCAGCUCCAAAGUUCCCGCAACCUGUAAGGAGGGCUGUGUGUGCCAGCCUGGCUACUUACUGAAUAAUGACAAGUGUGUGCUCCGAAUUCAGUGUGGCUGCAGAGAUGCCCAGGGUGACCUCAUUCCUGCAGGCAAGACCUGGCUCAACGAAGACUGUACAGAGAGCUGCAACUGCAUGGGAGGGACUGUCCAGUGCAGGACUUUCCAGUGCCCACUGGGGACUGACUGCAAGGACAGCAAUAAUGGCAGCUAUAACUGUGUCAAAAUCAGUAAGAGGGUCAUGGGGGAAGGUGGGGAGGGUGUGCUCAUGACUGGAGGGAUGAGAGCUCUGCAAUGUCCUGCCCACAGCCGCUACACAAACUGCCUUCCCCCAUGUCCACCUUCCUGUACUGAUCUGGAUGGCCACUGUGAGGGCACCAGCCCCAAUGUCCCCUCCACCUGCAAAGAGGGUUGCGUCUGCCAGCCUGGCUAUGUACUGAAUAACAACAAGUGUGUGCUCCAGAUGCACUGUGACUGCAGAGACGCCCGGGGUGACCUCAUUCCGGCAGGCAAGACCUGGCUCUCCAGUGGCUGCAGCCAGAGCUGUACCUGCAUGGGAGGGGUUGUCCAAUGUCGCAGCUUCAACUGCCCCCCAGGGACUCAGUGCCAGAAUGGCCCAGGUGGCAACAUUAACUGCACCAAGAUCAUCAAUGUGAAGUGCCCCGCCCACAGCCGCUACACCAACUGCCUUCCCUCCUGUCCACCUUCCUGCUCAGACCCAGAGGGCCUCUGUGGGGGCACCAUCCCAAAAGCCCCCUCCACCUGUAAAAAGGGCUGCGUCUGUAGAUCUGGCUUUGUGCUGCAUAACGACAAAUGUAUACUCAGAAUUCAGUGCAGCUGUAGAGAUGCCCAGGGUGUUCUCAUCCCGGCAGACAAGACCUGGCUCUCCAAAGACUGUACCCAGAACUGUACCUGCAUGGCAGGAGGCAUACAUUGCUGGAAUUUCCAGUGUCCCACCGGGACUCACUGCAAGGACAAUGAUGAUGGCAAGAUGACUCUGCAGUGCCCAGACCACAGCUACCACACCAGCUGCCUUCCUUCCUGCAUCCCAUCCUGCUCCAACCUGAACGAGCACUGUGAGGUCAUCCGCCUCAAAGACCCCUCCACCUGCAAGGAAGGCUGCCUCUGUCAGUCCGGCUUUGUGUUCAACAGGGACAAGUGUGUACCCAGAAUUGAGUGUGACUGCAAAGACUCCCAAGGUGCUGUCAUCCCAGCAGGAAAGACCUGGAUUGCUGCAGGCUGUUCCCAGAGAUGUACCUGCAUGGGAGGACUUAUUCAGUGCCGGGGCUUCCAGUGCCCCUCAGGAACUCAGUGCCAGGACAUCGAGAAUAACAGCAGCAGUUGUGCUAAAAUCACUGGACAGUGCCCAGCUCACAGUCGCUAUACCAGCUGCCUUCCCUCCUGUCUGCCUUCUUGCUUGGACCCCGAUGGCCUCUGCAAGGACACCAGCCCCAGAGCCUCCCCCACUUGCAAGGAGGGCUGUAUCUGUCAAUCUGGCUACAUACUGAGCAGUGACAAGUGUAUUCCCAGAACUCAGUGCAGCUGCAAAGAUGCCCAGGGUAACCUCAUCUUGGCAGGCAAGACCUGGAUCUCCAGUGGCUGUACCCAGAGCUGUGCCUGCAUCAAUGGGGCCAUCCAGUGCCAAAAGUUCAGCUGCCCCUCGGAGACCCACUGCCAGCAUAGUGAUGAUGGCAGCAGUAACUGUGCCUCCAACACCUUUCAAUGCCCAGCCCACAGCCACUUCACCAACUGCCUUCCUUCCUGUUUACCCUCCUGCUUGAAUCCCAAUGGGCACUGCGAGGGCACCAGCACCAAAGUCCCUGCCGUCUGCAAUCCAGGCUGCCUCUGUCAACCUGGUUACGUGCUGAAUAAUGACGAGUGUGUGCCCAGAAUCCAGUGUGGCUGCAAAGAUGUCCAGGGCACUCUCAUUCCAGAAAACAACACGUGGAUCACUGGUGGAUGUACCCAGAACUGUACCUGCAGAGGAGGGACUGUCCACUGUCAUAACUUCAAAUGCCCAACAGGGUCCCAUUGCGAGUACAAAAAAGAUGGCAGCAGAAGCUGUGUCACCAGCGCUCUGAAAUGUCCGGCCCGCAGCUUCUACACCAGCUGCCUCCCAUCCUGUCUACCUACCUGCUCGGAUCCAGAGGGCCUCUGCCAGGGCUCCAGCCCCAGGGUCCCCUCCACCUGCAAGGAGGGCUGUAUCUGUCGAUCCGGCUACGUGCUGCAUGACGACAAGUGUGUGCUCAGAAUUCACUGUGGCUGCAAGGAUGCCCGGGGCAACCUCAUCCAGACCGGCCAGACAUGGAUCUCUACUGACUGUACCCGGAUUUGUGCGUGCAAGGAAGGACUCUUUCAAUGCCAGAACUUCCAGUGCCCCUCGGGGACCCACUGCCAACAAUACCAAGACGGCAGCAGUAACUGUGUCUCUGAUACUCUGAAGUGCCCAGCCAACAGCCUCUACACCGGUUGCCUUCCCUCCUGUCUGCCUUCCUGCUCCAACCCAAAUGGCCACUGUGAGGGCGUCAGCCCCAAAGACCCCUCCACCUGCAAGGAGGGCUGUGUCUGUCGACCUGGCUACCUGCUCAGUGAGGACAAGUGUGUACCCAGAAACCAAUGUGGCUGCAAAGGUGCCAAUGGUGACCUCAUCCCGAUAGGCAAGACCUGGCUCUCCAGUGGCUGCACCCAGAGCUGUGCCUGCGUGGACGGAGUUGUUCAGUGCCGGAAUUUCAUCUGCCCCACAGGGUCCCACUGCCAGCACAGUGAUGAUGGCAGCAGUAACUGUGCGGCCAACAAACUGGAAAAAUGUACCAUCUUUGGGGAUCCCUAUUACCACACUUUCGAUGGCUUCUCCUACCGCUUCCUGGGUCGGAUGAACUACUAUCUCAUAAAGACAGUGGACAAACUCCCAGAGGGGAUGGAGCACCUGGUCAUAGAGGGGCGCAACAAAAUAUCCCCCAAAGGGAAUCCAACCUUGCAUGAAGUGACCACCAACGUCUACAGCUAUAAAAUACAGCUCCAAGAAGGGCUGGUGGCUUUGGUCAACAACCAAAAGGUGGCAAUCCCCUACAGUCCAAAUGACCACCUGCGGGUCCUCCUGCGGGCGCAGCGGCUGUUUCUCAUCACUGACUUUGAAAUGGUGGUGGACUUCGAUGGGAAGCACAGUGCAGUGAUCUCCUUGCCUACCAUGUACCGUGGGCUGAUACAGGGCCUGUGUGGAAACUAUGAUAAGGACCGAGCCAAUGACUUGAUGUUGCCCAGUGGAACACUCGCCUCAAACAUCAGUGUCUUUGGCAACAGUUGGGAGGUGAACAUGGUGAAAGCCCUCUUACGAUUGCCAAGGGCCCUACCAGAAGAAGAUGGGGGAGAGGAAGAAUCUGACCCUCUGCCGUCAGAGUGCAGCCCAGAGCAGACAGCGCUCCUCAGCAGCACCCAGGCCUGUAGGGUGGUGGUGGACCCCCAGGGUCCCUUUGCUGCCUGUCACCAGAUUGUAGCCCCAGAGCCCUUCGAGCAACACUGUAUGUCCGACGUGUGCACUGGUUGGAAAACCAAAGAAGAAGAGGAGUUUCGAUGCCGGGUCCUCAGUGGAUACGCAAUCAUUUGCCAGGAGGCAGGUGCCAACACGACUGGCUGGCGGGACCAGACACACUGUGCCAUGACAUGCCCUGCCAAUACUGUGUACCAGCCCUGUAUGACGCCCUGCCCAGCAUCCUGUGCCAAAUUUGUGACCCCCAAGGCCUGUGAAGGCCCCUGCGUGGAAGGCUGUGCCACCAUCCCAGGCUAUAUCUACAGUGAUACCCAGAGCCUCCCAGUGACACAGUGCGGGUGCACCACCAAUGGCCUCUAUUACAAGCUAGGUGACAGCUAUGUGACUGAUGACUGCUCCCAGCAUUGCACCUGCGCAAGCCAGGGGACCCUGCUGUGUGAGCCCUAUGGCUGCAGGGCUGGAGAGGCCUGCACCGUGGCCAACUUUACUCGAGGCUGCUUCCAGGAUAGCCCUUGUCUACAGAACCCCUGUCACAAUGAUGGCCGGUGUCAGGAGCAAGGGGACACCUUCAUCUGCCAUUGUGACCUGGGUUAUGGAGGAGAAUUCUGCACAGAACCUCGGGAUAUCCCAUCCAGAAAAAAGCUAGAAUCAUCCAGCUUACUGGCCAUCCUGCCGGGAGUGCUUGUGAUGCUCUUAGUCGCCGUCUUACUGCUUAUUUACGUGAGAACUGCCAUAGCGAGGAGGAGGAGGGAGAAACUGUUGAGACGGAAUAGACAUAGGCUGGAGGAUACAGAUGUUCCAGAGCCUGCCUUCAGAGCCACCAAGUUCUGA